AACGGGGCUCCCAUUUGUCCCUUUGAAACUUCCUCUCACCUGGGGUCACCUGAGGACAAGGCUCUGUGGAAGGGAGGGGGUGUCAGGUGAACAGCUUUGGGGUGGCGGGGAGAGAGAGGCUUGGUCUUCUUGGGGUCUCUGGAAGUCUGUCCCCAGGCUGCUCCCCAGGGCAGGGCAGUGGAGAAGGGAGCUGGGCCCAGAGGAGUUAACAGUUUGCAGGCCCCGGGCCCAGCCGCCCUGCCACGCCGCAGCUACAGCCUGGGCAAGGAUCUGAGCUGAGAAGCCAGGCCUGCUCCCUGAUGGGCAAAACAGCUGGCUGCCCGCGGAAAACAGCUGGCCUUGCCCCAGCUUCCUGAGGACGGAGGCAGAACCUCAGAGGAGGAUAGCUCCUCAUCUGGGGUCCUGGGAGACAAGGGCAUGGGCAAAAGGAAGAGAGGAGGUGGUCCGCUGGGGUGGGUGUAGGCGUUGGGUGGGACCCCUGGAGAUGAGCGGGUGUGGGCAGAUCCCUGGAGCAGAGGCCAGCUUAUGGGAGGUCUCAGCGGGAUGUGCAGAGUGACUCCAGCUGGGCAAGGGGUCUCAGUCUCCCCUCAAAGAGGAGAGAUGAGGGGCAGGGGAGCCGAGGGGAGGUCAAGCCUGCACUCGGCCGGCCCUGGGUCCUCAUGGAACGGGGCUUGGAACCUGAGCUAGGAGGGAACCCAGGCGGGUCUCCUGGACUCCUAACCACCGAGCUGCACCCAGGACAGGAGCAAGGCAUGGGCUCCUCCUCUGGGCAGGAUGCUCGGCUCCCUUGACCGCAAAGCAGGACAGGGGCCCAGAGAGCCCCCAACCCAGGAGACGUGAAGCUGGCAGCUGGCAUAUAAUCCACAUGACCUGGAGAAUGAGGCCAGAGUCCCCAGAGAACAGCAGCUUCAAACCUCAGCCUGCAUCACAAUCGCCCAGAAGCCUUGUUGGUUUAACCUCCCCUCCUGCAGCGCGUCCGGUUCCCUGGGUAUGAAGUGGGGCCUAGGAAUUCGCAUUUCUAACUAUUUCCAGCUGGGAGAGAUUUAAGUCCUUUGGAAUGUCACAAGAAGCACCCAGAAGAGACGGAGGCUGAGGAUCCCAGAAGGGCAAGGGGAUGGCAUUUGGAGCUUCGGGACCUUUCCAUCAUGAGGAGGGGCCACUGGCCGCCAAAGCUUUGACUGGGACCUGCUGUAAGUUUGGGAGACACGCUGUAGACCAGGACUCCCAGCCCCAGCAACUCUUUCCCGGCGUCAGGCUCCAUGCAGAGAGAAGCUUCGAGUGCAUUCAUUCUUUCCCAGCAUCACUGCAAACCCAUCCACAGAUGAGGACCAGAGGCUCAGGGAAAGUGGCCAGUCUGCGAUCACAGCAGGCGGGAGCAGCGCCGGCGCUGACCGCGGAGGAGAGGAGGACUACACGCGGAGGACGGCGGCCUCUGGACCAAUCUGGAUGGCGCGCCGAGGUCCUGGAGGACCCCCACCUGCCUCCCCCGCCGUGGGGUGUCACCGCGCAGGUCUGCGAAGUUCCGCGGCUGUGGUCCCAGGCUGCGGGCGUCGUGGAGCCGCCGCUGCCCGCCGUGGUCCUUACCAUCCUGGCCCGCAAUGCCGAGCACUCACUGCCCCACUACCUGGGCGCGCUGGAGCGGCUGGACUACCCCCGGGCCAGGCUGGCCCUCUGGUGUGCCACGGACCACAACACGGACAACAGCACGCAGAUGCUGCAGGAGUGGCUGGCCGCUGUGGGGGACGACUAUGCUGCUGUGGUCUGGAGGCCCGAGGGGGACCCCAGGUCCUACCCAGACGAAGAGGGUCCCAAGCACUGGACCAAAGAAAGGCACCAGUUUCUGAUGGAAUUGAAACAGGAAGCCCUGACCUUUGCCAGGGACUGGGGGGCUGACUACAUCUUGUUUGCAGAUACAGACAACAUUCUGACCAACAACCAGACGCUGAGGCUUCUGAUAGAGCAGGGGCUGCCCGUCGUGGCCCCGAUGCUGGACUCCCAGACCUACUACUCCAAUUUCUGGUGCGGGAUCACGCCCCAGGGCUAUUACCGUCGCACGGCUGACUACUUCCCCACCAAGAACCGCCAGCGCCGGGGCUGCUUCCAGGUCCCUAUGGUCCAUUCUACCUUCCUGGUGUCCUUGCGGGCUGAGGGGGCAGCCCAGCUCGCCUUCUACCCUCCUCAUCCCAACUACACCUGGCCCUUCGACGAUAUCAUUGUCUUCGCCUAUGCCUGCCAGGCCGCUGGGGUCACGGUCCACGUGUGCAAUGAGCACCGUUACGGGUACAUGAACGUGCCCGUGAAGUCCCACCAGGGGCUGGAGGACGAGAAGGUCAACUUCAUCCACCUAAUCCUGGAAGCGCUGGUGGACGGGCCCCCCAUGCGGGCCUCAGGGCAUGUGUCCCGGCCCCCAAAGAGACCUAGCAAGAUGGGGUUUGAUGAGGUGUUUGUCAUCAGCCUGGCCCGCCGGCCCGACCGCCGAGAGCGCAUGCUAAGCUCGCUCUGGGAGAUGGAGAUUUCUGGGCGGGUGGUGGAAGCUGUGGACGGCCGGACACUCAACAGCAGUAUCAUGAGGAACCUCGGCGUGGACCUGCUGCCCGGCUACCAGGACCCCUACUCGGGCCGCACCCUGACCAAGGGCGAGGUGGGCUGCUUCCUCAGCCACUACUCCAUCUGGGAGGAGGUGGCGGCCAGGGGUCUGGCCCAGGUACUGGUGUUUGAGGACGACGUGCGUUUUGAGAGCAACUUCCGGGGGCGACUAGAGCGGCUGAUGGAGGAGGUGGAGGCUGAGAAGCUGCCGUGGGACCUCAUCUACCUAGGUCGGAAGCAGGUGAACCCCGAGGAGGAGACCGCUGUGGAGAGGCUGCCGCAUCUGGUGGUGGCGGGGUACUCCUACUGGACCCUGGCCUAUGUCUUGAGCCUGGCGGGAGCUCGCAAGCUGCUGGCCUCCCAGCCCCUGCGCCGAAUGCUGCCUGUGGACGAGUUCCUGCCCAUCAUGUUUGACCGGCACCCCAACGAGCAGUACAAGGCGCACUUCUGGCCGCGGGACCUGCGCGCCUUCUCUGCCCGGCCGUUGCUUGCUGCCCCCACGCACUACGCAGGGGACGCCGAGUGGCUCAGCGACACGGAGACGUCCUCGGCCUGGGACGAUGACAGCGGCCGCACCGUCAGCUGGAGGGGCUCUCACAAGACCCUGCGUGACCCCCGCCUGGACCUGGCUGGCAGCAGCGGGCACAGCCUCCCCACGCCACCCCACCCCCGGGAUGAGCUCUAG